UGAGAUGCACUCACAUUGCUACCUUUCUUCCCAAAACUACUCACACUAAACUCCCACCGCACUCACCAACUAGCUAGCCUAGCCGGCCGGCGGAGGAGAUGGAGGUGGCUAUCGGUGCGGCGAACUGGCUCGUUGGCAAGCUGCUGGAUAAGCUGUCCAAUGACUUGGUCGCCUCAUAUGUGGCCAGCUCCGAGCUCGGCCCCAACUCCGAGCAGAUCAAAACCAAGCUGAAGUACAUGCAAGGGCUGCUGCACGCGGCCCAGGACAGGGAUGUGAGAGGCAACCCUGGCCUGCAGAGCUUGCUGCAAGACCUGAGCAAGAAGGCAGAUGAGGCUGAGGAUGCUCUCGAUGAGCUCCAUUACUUCCUGAUCCAAGACCAGUUGGAUGGCACCAAGGAGGCCGCCUCAGAGCUCGGUGAUGGCCUCCAUGGUCAUGCUCUCCAUGUUCGCCAUGCUGCUUGCUCCACUAUCGGUAACUGGCUUACAUGCUUUUCUUGCUCGCAUACACAAGAUGAUGAUUAUAUUGAUGCUACUGUGGUUGCCACAAAUAACCCACAAGAUGCAACCAGGUCUAAUAGUGGUAAUGAUGGUGGACAUGUUGGGAAGCUCAAAUUUGAUAGAGUAGCCAUGUCCAACAAAAUCAAGUCUGUGAUAGAGAGCAUACACAUCCUAUGUGAUCCUGUCUCUGACUUGCUGAAUAAAAUCCCAAAUAGUAAUACAUCUAUUACCAUGAAAAGAGCCCCCACGGGUUCAGUAGCUGCACAAGAUAAAUUGUAUGGGAGGCGAGUCAUCUUUGAGCAAACUGUAAGUGCGCUCACUGGUAGCAAAUAUCUUGAUGAAACCCUUUCAGUUCUUCCUUUUGUUGGCCCCGGGGGUAUGGGAAAGACAACUUUCACCCAACACUUGUAUAAUGAUAAAGGGGUUGAAGAGCACUUCACUGUGAGGGUCUGGGUAUGUGUCUCAACUGAUUUUGGUGUGCUCAACCUAACCAGACAGAUCCUUAGAUGCAUAUCUGCAACUGAAAAGGAAGAACACAGCUGCACAGUUGAAACAACCAAUCUAGACCAGCUUCAAAAAUCCAUUGCAGAGAGACUGAAGUCCAAACGGUUUUUAAUUGUCUUGGAUGACAUUUGGAAAUGCAAUAGUGAAAGUGAUUGGAACAACUUGUUAGCUCCAUUUAAAAAGGGGGAGACAAAGGGCAGCAUGGUUCUUGUCACUACUAGAUUUCCAUCUAUAGCACAUAUGGUGAAAACAACAGAUCUGGUAGAACUGCAUGGUUUGGAGCAUAAUGAAUUCUUUGAGUUCUUUGAAACAUGUAUAUUUGGUCAUAGCAAACCUGCGCAUUAUGAAGAUGACUUAAUUGAUGUUGCAAGAGAAAUUGCAAAGAAACUAAAGGGUUCACCACUAGCAGCCAACACAGUUGGUCGGUUAUUGAGGAAAAACCUUUCUCGGGACUAUUGGAUGGGAGUUCUUGAAAAGAAUGAGUGGAAAAAUGCAAAAGAUGAUGAUGAUAUUAUGCCUUCUUUGAAAAUUAGUUAUGAUUACCUUCCUUUCCUUCUUAAAAAAUGUUUUUCAUAUUUUUCUCUCUUCCCUGAAGAUUAUAAGUUUUAUAAUUUAGAAAUUACUAGCUAUUGGAUCGCGAUUGGUAUCUUACACUCUAGUUGCCAAGACAAUAAUAAUUACUUAGAAGAACUAGUGGAUAAUGGUUUUCUCAUGAAGGGAGUUGAUAAGUCUGGCGAUCAAUACUAUGUGAUCACUAGUAGAAAAUAGGGCUUAGGUCACAGAGCAGUUUUCACAUUAGCCCCGGUUCAGUCACGAACCGGGACUAAUGUGAGCAUU